ACACCAUAUCUACUCAUAAAUACUAAUGCCAAAAAAGUAAUGCUCAUGCUCAUAUCAUAUGAAUACGAGAGUUCAAAAUUACCAUUUAAUACCACGUGUCAACUUAUUACAAUGUGAAACAGGUUGAGGAAAGAUUAUUAGCCACAGCAGAUUUUUAAUCAGUCAAUAAAAAAAAAGCCAGACGACUCACAGUCUCCAUUUUCAUCUUCAUCUUUCUCCAAUGGCGGCAAUUACUCCAUUACUCUUCUUCUUCCUCACUUUGCUAUUCUCUUUCAAAUUUUCAUCUACUGAAUCCCACAAUCCCAAUACAGUAGCCAUUCUCGAUGUCUCAGCUUCACUCCAGCUCACACAUACCGUCCUUUCCUUCAACCUCCAAACCCUAAACCCCACCACCACCACCACUACUGUCCAACAAAUUAUACCCUCAAAUUUUACUUCUUCUUCUUCAUUCUCUCUGCUCCUCCACUCGCGAGACUCGCUCCUCACCACCAACCACAGCGACUACAAGAGCCUUUUUCUCUCUCGACUCGCCCGCGACUCAAACCGAGUCAACUCGCUCAAUGCCAAGCUUCAGCUGAAACUCAGCAACAUCCGUAAAUCUGAUCUCCGACCAGUGGAGACCGAGAUUCGACCAGAAGAUCUCUCAACGCCCAUAAUCUCCGGUGUAAGUCAGGGAAGCGGCGAAUACUUCGCUCGGAUCGGAGUCGGUACUCCGGCAAAUCAAUACUACAUGGCGAUCGACACAGGUAGCGACGUUAACUGGCUUCAGUGCGAACCUUGCUCCGAUUGCUACCAAGAAACCGAUCCGAUAUUCCAACCCGAAUCAUCAUCUUCGUACAAUCCUCUCACCUGCGAUUCACGCCAAUGCGUCGCCCUCGAAACCUCCGCCUGUAGAAACAACAGGUGUUUAUACCAGGUCGCUUAUGGCGACGGUUCUUACACCGUCGGUGAUUUCGUCACCGAAACGCUGUCGUUUGGUAAGUCAGGUUCAAUAAACGGCGUCGCUUUGGGAUGCGGCCACGAUAACGAAGGCUUAUUCGUUGGAUCCGCAGGCCUAAUUGGGCUUGGCGGCGGCCCAUUAUCACUCACUUCACAGACCAAAACGUCAUCGUUUUCGUACUGUCUCGUGAAUCGUGAUCAAGCAGGCGCGUCUUCCACACUCGAGUUUAAUUCACCUCUUCCCAGCGAUUCAAUCACCGCUCCAUUGCUCAAAAACGGUAAAACGACGACGUUUUACUACGUACAGCUAAUGGGAAUGAGCGUAGGAGGUAAGGCCAUUUCCGUUUCACCUGAGGUUUUUCAGGUCGACGAAUCGGGUGACGGUGGCGUAAUCGUCGACUGCGGAACCGCCGUGACUCGUCUCCGGACUCAGAUCUACGAGUCACUACGCGACGAGUUCAAGAAGCUUACUCCGAAUCUUAGGUCGACUAAUGGUGUGGCGUUGUUCGACACGUGUUACGACUUCUCGUCGUUAUCGACUGUGCGUGUUCCGACGGUGUCGUUUUUGUUCGCCGGUGGGAAAUCGUGGACGUUACCGGCGAAGAAUUAUCUGAUUCCGGUAGAUUCGUCGGGAACGUUCUGUUUCGCUUUCGCACCAACGACGUCGUCUUUGUCGAUAAUUGGCAAUGUUCAACAACAGGGGACACGUGUCAAUUUUGACUUGGCUAAUUCUCGUGUUGGAUUCUCGCCUGGUAAAUGUUAGGAUUAUAUUUAAUGAUAAUUAUAUAUAAAAUAAAGUAUUUAAUUAAGUAUUUAUAUAAAGAGUUAUUGUUAAUGGUUGGAUUUAAUUAAGGUUAAUUGUAAAAAAAAAUGUUGAAAAGAGGAGGAGAAAGUAGUAGUACGUUAGUGAGUGUGUGUGGGGCCCAUCUACAUAAAAUCUAUUAAAGGGAUAUAGUUGUAUUCAUAAAUGUAGUUUGCUUUUUCUAGUUCACUCUCAUUAUUAGUUUUAUAUAAAUGGUAAUGUGUCUAUUUAUUUACGA